ACGUCAAACUAGCACACAUAUCUGAAUAAAUUCUAAAGCCACGAAUAAUAAACACGAAAUCAAUGACCUGAAAAAUUUUCGUCCGUAGGUUGCCAAAGACAUUGUAUACUUAUAAGGGUAAAGCACUCACACAGACAUUAGAAUUUUAAUUUUCCAGGUCCCAAAGUACACCUAUUUCUUCAUCCGCCAACAAUUUUGUUGGUUUAUCUUGAUUUUUAUCUUUUAUAAAAACGCACUAUAUAUUCGAUCAUAUUAUUCCUUGUACAUCGCAAGUUACGGGUGUAUAAAAGCGGCGGAAAUCAACUGUCGUAUCAUAUUUCCCAUCGAAGUUCGUACUCACCGUCAUCGGCAAAGUGCUCUGUAAUAUUCUUUCUGAUCGAUUCAGUGAAAAUAUUAGAGGCAACAAUGGGCUCUCGUGUUCUGAGGUUGGCCCUUCUGGGUUUUCUCUUCGUGCAGGUAGCGCUGUCUGCACCGUACGACUCGGAUGACGUGACGGAUGAAGAUCUGGCGAAAGCACGAGAGGAAUUCAUAAACUAUAAAACAGAUCGUAUAAAGGAUUUCCAAAAUUCGCUAAAUCUCGGUAGCAACAAAAUAAAGAAGGCAUUCAUCGACUUAAAAAGUCAAUUGAUUCACUCGAAAACGGAUCUCGGCAAAACGAUAGUGAAAGGAGGUCUAGACUUAGCUGCUGAAAAGGUAGCAGUGGGCACGCAGAUUAUGAAAAGCGGUGGGGAUAUUUCUAACGCGGUUGUAGAUGGUUCUUUCAAAGUAGCAAAGGGGCUCACCAAAGCCGGUAAAGCAGCGAUCGGCGUCGUCGGAGACGUCGGCACAGAGGUGGUUAAAAAAAAAUUCAAUCUUGCUAACGAAGGCAUUAAAGUGGCCUCACAGGGAAUCCAGAAGGUCGGAGAAAUAAAAAUACAGGCUGUCCGAAAUUUCAACAGUUCCUUCUUGGAUGGCCUAGGACGCAAUACAACAGAUCUGAUUUCUAAGAAAUUUUCUACUUUGUUGGAAGAGAAAGACAAGUUCAUUUCGGAAACAGGGCGCAACGCUGUGAUGGCUGUGACAUCGUUGCUCGAUUCAUCUUCAAAAGAGGAGCCUUCUUCGUCUUCUGAGCCGCCAAGGACCCUACCACCAGUUGAUUUCAGUACUGAAAUUCUGUUGCCUACAAACCGACCAUCAGUCCCUCCAAUCCACAACAUAUUUGGUGUGGAAAAUUAUUUUCCCCCGUCCGAUCCAAGUUACCGGGACAUCGUUGAAGAUUUGCCGCCUUUGUGAGGCGCUAGAGACUCGAUCGCCAUUGUAACCCAGUACUAGGACUGAAUUGCCUGUAUACGCAACAGUCGUCACUUCUGAGUACUCCCCCUAGGAUGAUUGAACGAUUAUUUCUCUUCGUUAAGUAUACUUCAGUUACUAUACAAGACUUUCAUUCAAGUAAGAUCUAUUACGUUCACCAUAUUACAAGGAAUACUAAGGCGCAAAUCGAAAAGUACCAUUAUAAAUAAUCAACACUUUUUUCAACUACUUAUUGCCGGAAAGAAACUCAGAUGUGUAUGAACAAAUAACCUUACUGAACCGGCGAAACCUUUUCAACAAUUGUAUGUUCUUCUGAUGUUUAUAGUGAAAAAUUAAUAAACAGCAGCAAAAAUGAGA